AUGGUCACAAAAUAUAUUUUAGCAAUUUUUGCGCUUGCGAUUGGCGGCUCCUUCGCGCAGAGUUGCCAAAAUCCUCAAGUUGAAGCCGCAUCUUUCACGAGUUUAGAUGCCACCGUCGUCACACAAAUAGCUUAUAUUACCGAAUUUACAUUGAAAUGUGAUAAUCCCUUAGCUGAGAACUACGCGCUAUAUGCUGAGGUUGAAGGGAAACCUAUGAUUGCAGCUCGCAUUGCUGACAACAGAUACCAGGUGUCCUGGACUGAAGAGCCUUCCAAGGCACGUGCUGGAGUUCAUGAAAUUCACAUCUUUGAUGAAGAAGGCUGGGCUUCCUUACGUAGGGCUCGUCGUAGCGACCCAUCUGUAACUGUUGCUCCUUUAUUAGCUAUUCAAUUACAGCACCCUGGAAGCUACUCCGGACCCUGGGUCAACUCGGAAGUCCUCGCAACAGUUUUAUCAAUUGUCGUUGCCUACACUGCCCUCAGGAACAAGAGCAAAAUCUUAGCU